UCCCGAUUCUUGCUGUAUUUCCUGCAAUCAGACAUGUACCCCUUCUUCCUCCUUCUUACACAGAAGUCCUCACAACUAUGAUAAGCGUCGUAACACUGAGCGGCUCGACUACCUCGCAAUGAGCAUUCGGGUUGACCUGUUUACAAAGCUGCAGGCGUUUACUGGCGGGGUUUAGCGUUUGGCCGGCAUCGCCCCACCCGAAAUCAUCAGACGAGAAACGGCCCGGGCCGCGGCAGUCCACAACCCCCCGGCCCACCACCCGCUCACCCAACGCUUGCGCACGCCCCCACCGCGCGGCUGGUCCCAUCUCCACUCCCUUACCGAGUCCCAAGCCCCCCCGGAUGGAAACACACCAGAGGAGACGUGGCUCCCCCGCCUCCCCGGCCUCCGGAGAUGGCUCGCCCCCGACUCGGCAGCACCACCCCGAAGCCGGAAAAUGUGGACCCUCCCCUCCGAAGCGGACCCAGAGCUCCACUGGCUCACGCACCGACCGGCAUGCCUGGCUGAUCUACCCUGUGGUAUCGCGACAACCCAUACCUCCGCCUGCCCCGAAUACACCUCGCACGAUGGGUUGGCGAACGCACGAGCCACUGGGACUUCCACUCCUACCACGCCCGAUUCAACCACCCGGCGAGACGUUCCGCACAUGCAUCUGCGGCGAACCAUGCAAAAAAGGCCACUUCUUCCGAUGCCCCCUCGUCACGUGGCAAAACCCUCGAGCCACAUCCGACGCGCCACAUGCCUUCGGCACCAGCCACGCCACCUUCCUCGCCCGGCUCAGAGCCCUGAAGGACGAAGGCCUCACCGGCGUCACCACCACCGCGGACGGCAGACUCCUCGGCACCCGAGCACCCCUGCCAGAACCCGACGACACCGACGACGAAGCAUUCCCGAUCAUCCCCCCUUCCCCCUCCUAAUGUUGUUGAGUGAGGUGGGCAAUGAGUUUUUACUCUCUGUUUGGG